GUAUACAGUUGCCUUGCCGUAGGCGUAGAAGACAGUGAACACGGAAGACAGUUCCGGGUUUAUUAUUCACAGACAGCAGUCGUUAUCAUUCUGUAAUUAGUCACAUAUCAUUUCAGAAAACGAUGUCACUUUUAAUGGAUAACCAAUUUGGAGAACUUCCAGUCGACAAAUCAGUGGAUACAAAGUUCUUUCUGGAGUCAGUGGCAUAUCUUCCGCCUUUUUUUGACUGCCUGGGGUCAAAAGUAUUUGUUCCUAUCAAAUCAGACAUCAGUGGCAAUAUAACAAAAAUCAGAAGUGUGUAUGACAAGGACCCUGCCAAGUAUGCAACACUACAGCAGAUAGUGGAGUCAGAGAAGGAGGCAUAUGGCACAGAGUGGCCCAAAGUGGGAGCCACCUUGGCCCUGAUGUGGCUGAAGAGAGGCCUCCGUUUCAUCCAGAUCCUGCUUCAGAGCUUGGCAGAUGGAGAGAAAGAUGAGAACAACCCUAACCUCAUCCGUGUCAACAUCACCAAAGCCUACGACCAGGCCCUGAAGAAAUACCACGGCUGGCUAGUGCAGAAGAUCUUUAAGGCGGCGUUGCUUGCAGCACCCUAUAAGUCAGACUUUAUAAAGGCCCUGUCAAAAGGUCAAGAGGUCAGAGAGGAGGACUGCAUGGCUAGUGUACGCCAGUUCCUCAUCAAUUACACGGCCACAGUGGAUGCAAUCUAUGAGAUGUACACAACGCUGAAUGCAGAGCUGGACUAUAGUGUUUGAUGUCCCCCAUACUGGACCACAGCAGCAUCCUGCGUGUUAUUUUCUUUCAGUCUUCUAUUUUUCAUCCUUUCUCUCAGGUUAUGGAACUUUCCAGCUUAUGAGGAUUGAGGACUUUAUUUCAAUGACGCUGUUUUUAUUCUUAUCACCAGUUGUAUUAUUAAUUUCAUGUCCCUCCUUUUAAGUCCCUCCCUACUAAAUGUUGACGGUUUGGCCCCAGGUGAGUUGCUACUGGAUGGAAAGUGGCAUAUUCCGUGUUGAGUCUGUUAUAAAUUCAAGAAAUGUAAAAAUUGCAGGAAUGUUACAGGUCUAGCACAACUCUUGUUGUGUAAGCCCAUUAAGCGGUCUGCUGCAGUUACACAUGAUCCACCAUCAGGUAAGAGACAUUUAGAAGUGAUACCCAGAGAGCUGGUCAGUGUUAUUCUAGCACUGUAUCUCUCUUUGUGGGAGGGAAGAGUGUAUCUGCUGAUGAUACAAGACUCAUGAAAUCCCUACUGUAACUCUACCCUGAAACGUGAGAUAGUACCCUCACUGCCCUGUAGCUAUGGGAAGAGUUAACUACCCCGUGCCUUUAGAGAGGGGCAGCGUAGCCUAGUGGUUAGAGCGUUGGACUAGUAACCGGAAGGAUGCGAGUUCAAACCCCCGAGCUGACAAGGUACAAAUCUGUCGUUCUGCCCCUGAACAGGCAGUUAACCCACUGUUCCCAGGCCGUCAUUGAAAAUAAGAAUUUGUUCUUAACUGACUUGCCUGGUUAAAUAAAGGUAAAAUUUAUUUUAAAAAUUAUAACCAGCAUUAGUGGUUUUAAUGCUUAGUGCCGUCUGUUGUGUGAUGGUUUGUUUGUGGCUUCUGCAUGUUUGUUUGAACAACUGAAUCUUUAGUUGAGUAGGGUUGCACUUCCUUCAUGUCUUUUUGAAAUACAUAUUUUCAAUCCAUUCAAUUUGUUUGACACAUUUUGCAUUUAACAUUUUAGCCAUUUAGCAGAUGCUCUUAUCCAGAGGGACGAACAGUUAGUGCAAAAAAUAAAUAGUAGCUAUCAGCAAAUGCAGUGCUAGACAAUGCCAAACAGUAUUUGGCACAUACAUUUACAUGUCAGUUUCAUUCACUAUUGGGGUGUUGCACUUCAUGUGAUUUUGAAAGCUUGCUGUAAUAGCAACAUUUUAUUUGACUUCAGAAAGUGUAUUGUUUCUGAAAUAGUACUGUAUUUCCUAAUUGUUGGAAUAACAUUUAUUGGCUCAAAUCAGUUCAAAGAGCAUGGUCAAUGCAAUCUAAUUAUUUAUUUGUGAGAUACAUGCUUGUGUUUGUCCUGUAUGUAUACCUAGAAUAUGUUUAUGUGCAUUGAUAACAUUGAAGUGAUUUUUUAGGUCAAUCACAAUCAAAACAUCCCACCACCUGAACAGCUUCUUCCCCCAUGCCGUGGCCCUUACCAACCGGUCACAGUGAUCUCCUCAUUCAAGGUCUAGGCACUGUUUACUAUUCAUCCAAGGACUAUGCACUCUGCACUUUCAUAGAACGCACAUUACUCCCAGUGUGGUCAUCUGCUGCAAUAGCCAAUCUGUGACAAGGAUCGAUGAGUUGUGACUUCCGAUAUGCCAUUCUGCACACCACUGUUGUACUGCACCAUUAUUUGUGUUUGUGGACCGCCUGUUAGUUUGCACAAUUCUUGCCAUUCUCCUUCGACCUCACUCAUCAACGAGGUGUUAUCGUGCGCCAUUGCGCACAUGUUGAUUUUGUCCCCCCACACCAUACGUGUUCAGGACACACUCUGAACCAACAAUAUUAAUUUGGGGACAGGUCGAAAAGCAUUAAACAUUUAUGGAAAUUUAGCUAGCUAGCAUGCUGUUGCUAGCAUGCUGUUGCUAGCUAAUUUGUCCUGGGGUAUAAACAUUGGGGUUUUAUUUGACCUGAAAUGCACAAGGUCCUCUACUAUGACAAUUAAUCCACAGAUAAAAGGGUAAAAGUUUGUUUUCUAGUAAUCUCUCCUCCUUCAGACUUCUUCUUUGGACUUAAUACUGUAUGGCAGUUGGCAAACAACUUUAAGGUACAUUACCACAACCAACUGGACUGGAAACCUCAGUUCACCUGUCAAUCACCCACAUGGGUAUAUGCUCUUAAAAACCAACGAGGAGAUGGCAUGUGGGUAUAUGCUCCUAAAAACCAAUGAGGAGAUGGGAGAGGCAGGACUUGCAGCACAUCAAGCGUCACAAAUAGAACUAAGUUCUAUUUUAACACUUGGCUACACAGACGCUUGUUGACACCCGUGAGCAGUGUGGGUGCAAUGAUUGAAUGACAUUUAUUUUGCAACGCUUCCGGUCCGAUCAGCAUGUAAGUCGCUUAGGUCACUUGUUUUGCCCAUUGUAACUCUCAAUCGAACAGUAACUGAAUGCCUCGAUGCCUGUCUGCUUGUUUUAUAUACUAGCAAGCCACGGCCAUGUGACUCACUCUGUAGGAGCGAUCCAUUUUUGUGAACAGGCCGGUGAGUGUAUAUUUCCCUUAUAGCAUAUCAUCCCGUAAAUGGAUUUAUUCAUACAUCUAUACAUGUACAAUUCAUAAUGUAGCUUAUAGUGUAGUCUUGUUUUUAUCAUGGUGUUCAUUGUCUACAUACUGUAUGUGGAUUGUGUAAAUUCUGUGUCUAUAUAGCUUGUCUGUAUAUUCUGUUUGUCUGUAUAUUCUGUUUAUUGUGGCAGCACCAUUUCACAGAGUCAAAUUCCCGUACAUGCUAAUGUAUUUGGCUAGUAAAGGUGAUUCUGAUUUCACUGAAUAAUCUGUAGAUUUCUAUAUACAUAUUGCAUUUUUAAGAUUUAAGGGGGUUCUGUGUAUUGAGUCACGUUAGUGUCUUUCAUCACUUCAUACUUAAACCAGCUACUGCCUCUUUCCGUCAUAAGAAGCAAUUCACUUGUCAACCUCAUGGAGGAGACAUUUAUUAAAUGUUAAUUCAUUGAUUGUGACCUUCUCAUGGGAUGCAGUUGCAACUUUUAUCCAAAAGCGGUCACCUGUUUGUUUACACGCAACAAAACUACUAUGUAGUUAGAAGAAAUAAAAUAGUUAGAUACUUAGACAAAUGUCACACAAUGGUACAAUAAUCGACAAUAAAACACAUUUGCAGAUCACUAAAAUAGAGUUGAUACAAAACAUUCAUAGUCAAUCAUGGUACAUAUCAGUUAUAAUACAUGAUGUAAUCUAAACAAAAAUGUACAAUUUUGUUACCUAAUAAAAUAUAUUUUCUUUCA